GGCUGCGGGGAUGCGCGGGCGGCCCGCGAGCGCGUGCUGGGCCGCGUGCGGGCGGCCACGUGCCGGGUGGUCGACAUCGUCGCCGCCGGCGGGAACCGCGUCCCCACCGGCACCGCGGUGAGUCGCCCGGCUCCACCCGGCCCCGAGUUCCAUACACGACCGCACUUUCUUCAGAAGUUAUUUUCGUUAAGUAGCCCGAGCGCACAUGCACACGUGCAUAUUUCGGGACGUGGAAAACUGGGCUGGACGGCCCAGGGAUGAACAGUCGCCGUUUCAGUUUUAGUCGCGAGGACGAUGGGAGACGGAGCAGCGGAAGGCCCCGGGGUAGCAUGCAAGCAUCCUGCAUCCCUGUUGGCUGGGCCGCUGAUUGGAACGCUUCGCAGCGCACGUUGCCACAUUUAAUUAACCUGUUGCUCAUACACAGUCGCAUUCGUGCGCCUUUUAACUCCAAAGGGGUAUUUACCCAUUCCCCAGCCAAAAUUAUUCAUUAUUAUCAUCCAAGUAGCAUUUGAACGUGACGCGUGCUUUGAAACGCUGUGGCAUUAAGCACUGCAAUCAAUGCAAAUCCUAACCCUUAAGGGUCCUGUCAUUAGCAUACCGAUGGAAGGUGCUCCCAAGCUGUAUCGACUAAUUGGCCGUACUGCAAAGAUCCGACCAAUGCCCGCUGAGCUGCAUUGGCUUCCGGUUGCCGAACGAGAACGUUACAAGGUCGCGCUCAUUACACACGCAAAGUGCUCGCCACAAAAGUAAACGACGAUACCUUGGUGAUCCCGUCAGGGGGCAUGAACCAUCGUCACGCGAACUCUCACGGUCAUCCUCGCAGCAGCAGCAGCGGCAGCGGCGGCUUUUGGCAAACCGUCGGAACAAAUAGACGGCCGCCGCAUCGCGCGCAUUCAGGCGCGCUUCUGCGGCCGUCUGGAACGCUCUUCUUUCCGAUAUUCGGAAGCCACUGGAGCCGUGCACUCUCGAAUAAUCUAGAUCGACAAACUCAUUUCUUUAGAACUGCUUGUUGUUCUCUUCAGUUUGUCCUUCCCCCGCACCUCCGACUGGCACGCUUGGCCACGUACUUCCACAGCUGCUGCCCGACGGCACGGCUACGUUGUGCCCCGCCGCGGCGGCGCGCCCCCCCGGCUCCCCUCCGUGGGGACCCACGCUCCAGCGGGAGGAGGAGUGGCCCGCGCCGGCAUCAUCGGUGGCUGCUGCCGCUUGGACGACCGGGUCGGGCCCCGGCACGUGGGCCGGCGUGCCCGGGCAGGCUGCGACAGACGGGGCCCGGAGGGAUGAGGACGCUCGCGACGAAGCUCUUCCCUGGCUGUGCGGCGCCGUGGACGCGGUCAAGACGCACGUGGAGGGCCUGCGCGAGGGCCGCCUGCAAGCGAGGCGUCUGGAGCGCGCUCGGCUGCUGCUGCUGCUGCUGGGCCCGGCGCGGGGCGGCGUCCGCGACUUCACGGAGGCGGCGUGCGUGAGCGGCGAGCACCGCGAACGGCUGCUGCGGCUGUGGGCGGAGGCGCAGGUCCGCGUCGACGCGAUCGCCGGGGCCGUCGAGCAGGCGGUUCCCCCGGAGCAGUCCCAGCUCGGCCACGAGAUGGAGCUGACUCUCAUCGCCGCGUGCCAGACUCUGGAUCAGCUCAAGAAACAGCUGCAGGUGGCGGCCGUGGCGGGUGCCAUGCGUCUGCUGUCGUCGCGGCCGGGGGAGCGUGCCCUGGCCCGCCUCCCCGAGGAGGCCGCCACGGGCCACGUGGGCGGUGUGAGCGAGCUGGCCGCCAGCCUCUGCGAGCGGCAGGAGGCUCUCUCCGAGGUUUGCCGGCUGCUGCGACACGUGGCGGAGACGGAGCCUCUGGGCAUCAGGUGCUCUCACCUCGACGACUGCAUCCAGUCCACCGUGCAACAGAUUCUCUCCGCGAGCCAGGUGCUGGUGCAGAACCCCGAGAGCCGAGCGGCGCUCGAGCUCCUCGAGGUUUGCCGCCAGGCGUGGGCCGAGUGCCUGGCGGCGCUCACCGUGCUCGUGCGCGACACCGUCGACGCCUCCCACGAGAAAGGCUCGAGCCAAUCGCUCCACAGGCACGGGGACGAGGCAGAGGUGGCUCGCCUGGCCGGCGGCGUGCGGGAGCGCACGAGCGAGCUGGAGGCCGAGGUGGAGCGCUGGCCCGGCGGCGGGGGUGGCGAGGAGGAGGAGGAGGACGCGGCCGUGCUCCUCUGUGUGCAGAACGUGUGCAACGCUGCUUAUGCCGCGUGCCUCCUCGCCAAAGGAGGCGGAGGAGGAGGAGGCCUGCACAAAUGCACGCCUGACCUUCUCAAGAAGGCCGCGGUACUUGCAGAUGAGUGCGUGAAGUUGUCAUCCUUGUUGGAAAACAUUGUGAGUAAGCUGGCGCGCGGCAAGGGGCGAGCGCGGCUGGGGGCCGGCGUGGAGCAGGCGAGGCUUUGCGUGGAGCAGGCGAGGCUGUGCUUGACGGCCGUGCGAGACGCAAGCGCUGUCCCUGUUCAGGAGGCAACUGCGAAGGUCGCGGACGUGAUGCAGGCGGCGGAGGACUUGCUGGCAACGCUCCUGCCCACCGUGCAGAUAGCUCGGACGUUGAAGGAGAAGAUGGGAGCGUAGCAGCGUUCAGAUUCACCUGGCCCCAUGGAGACAGCGGAGGCAACCUCCCAUGGGGCCCAAGCGACCCCAGCAAACACACGAGCGCAAGUGUUCAUCAUCCAGACCUCUGGCUCCAAGCACCAUCAUCACCACCGUAUGAUUGCAAUGCCACUGUCAGCGUGCCGAAUGUGUGCGGCCGCCGUACGUGCUUUUCCUACACUGGACCAUUAAAACAAGGCUUUAAUGGUCCAGUGCAGAUUUCCACAAUCCCACAUGUGACUCAUCCCCCCCCACCCCCCGUGUUUACCAUCAUACUGGGUUCCUCCCCCCCCUCCUCUACCACAUGGAUCUUGUUUUAUCCGUCGUCUCCGUGGUGUUCCGAUCCUUUUCUGUUGAUGUGCUUCACUCUCCAGCUUAUUGAGAUGCAAUUUGCAUGAAUUAUGCCAUAUGAGAUUAAUAAAGGCGCGGGGGUGCUACAGUGCCUAUGAAAAAUGAUCGGCAGUCCAUGUAUUAUCCACAAAUGAAACCGACACAAAUCAAUUGGGAAAAAAGUUAUUGUAAUUACAUUUAGAUCUCUGCUGUACAGUACUCAUAAAAAUACCCGAAUGCAGAUUUGAGCUAAUGCAAAAGGUCACAGCUAUUAAUAUAUAUUUAAUCGCAUUGGUUUUAUUUAUUCAUCAACAUUUAAGCAGCUGCUUCCAACAUAUUAAAGCCACAAAAAACACCUAUUACACUUACAACAAACCCACAAGUAAACGUAUAUGCCUCUGAUAUAAUCUCUGGAAUAUAUGUUGAGCUUUCCCAAGAUCACGAUACUUAUCUGUUUACAAACAAUUGCACUUUCUUCCCCUAACCCCGCACUACCCAAAAAAAAUAAGCUUUGGCAUUGAUUGGCGAGCUGUAAUUAAAAUUCCACAGGGCCUGCCAAUCUUACUGCAUCCCAUUUGCGCAAUUUAUUCAAUGUAAUUGAUCACGAAGCCCGCCACUCAGACCGACUUAGAAUUUCUAACACUUAAUAAAGCACCACACACUUAACACUGGCUUUAGUUUAAAAAAAAAACAUUUUUU